UCUCUCCAGUACUGGCCGGAGCUGUCUGACUGCUCGCUGCCGCGGCUGGAUCUGGGCUGGCCGGACUGCGCGUCCUACAGAGGAGUGACUCGCGUCACUGUGUACGCGCAACCGCCACUGGACGGCCACACGCACAUCAAAGAGAUGGUCAGGAAAACCAUCGCGCAGGCGCAGAAGGUGAUUGCGGUGGUCAUGGACCAGUUUACAGACGUAGACAUCUUCAGAGACCUUCUGGAGGUGUGCUUUAAGAGGAAAGUGUCUGUCUACAUCCUGUUGGAAAGAGCAGCGUUACCUCACUUCCUGUCUAUGGCCGAGAGGGCCGCCAUGCACCCGGGACACCUGAAGAGCCUGCGUGUGCGUGUGUCAGGGGGAGCAGAGUUCUUCAGCAGGUCGUAG